UGUUGCAAAGGGGCUGGGCCUUGCUCUCAGUUGGGCCUUGAAUAAAAGGGGGGCUCGCUAAUCCCUUCACACAGGUAAGCGGGUGGCGUUCCGUAGUGAAGAUCGCUCUAGGGUUCAGCCGAGCCUGCAGAGCCCCCAUUGCCUGUGGCAGUCUACCUCUACAUGCACGCAUCUGGAGGCGGCCAACAGGCUUUCAAAAGGCAUUAACGUUGUUGUCUCUUACCAGCAGGGCCAGGCACAUUCCAUCACCAGCUCUCCGGAUGGGCAGGGCGGGCUUCGGGGGGCCCCAGAGGCCUUGCCUCCUCCUCUCCGUCUUCCUCGCCUGCUCGCUUUGGCACACCGUAUCCUCAAAGGACAUCCAGCCACGUUGCUUCACGGACUAUGACUCCGAAGUGGGUUGUUCCUGGGAAGUGGACGCCUCUACCGACUGCCCCAAGAAGUUCCUCCUGCGUGUUGCAGCGAAUAAUCGAUUCAGUGGCCAAAAGAAAUCAUGGGACUGUUCUCCUGAGAACAAGAGAGGCCUGGAUGUGACCCCCAAGUGUACUUGCACCAUUCGGUCUGAAGUACUGGAUAAUUUCAAGUAUCGUUUCUCGCUGGAGGCCAAUGGGAAAGAGAUCUGGAAGAAGGCGAUUAAGGACCUUCGUAAAAUUGUGAAACCCCGACAGCCUGUCAACCUGAAACUUAAGAUGGGGGAUGGCGGAUACAUCCUUACCUGGGAAGAUGGCUAUAAUGAAGAGAGCAUUCUCCAUAAAAAUUCGGAAACAGACUAUGAAGUUGCCUUUGGGCAAGAAGGCAUGCUGAACAAGGACAAGGUAGGCACACCUUCCCAGCAUGCUCCUCUCUGUACAAUCACCUGGAAUAGUGCUGCAAAUUUAUUAUUGUUAAUCAGUUAAUUAUAUUUAUAUCCCACCCUUCCUCCCAAAGGGAACUCAGGGUGGUAAGCUCAUCCAUGUUAAAACAAUGCCAUUAAAACAAAAAUUAAAAAUACUAAAACAACCACAUACACUGGGGGGGGAGACCUUCUGUGUCCUGAGCAGAGGUUGAUGUUUCAGAAUACCCCUCUCCCCACCCCCCUGCUCUGCCUCAUGCUGGUUGACAUGGCAUCUUCCCUGCCCUUCCAUGACACUUUCUUUGGGCAGAUCUGCAUGAGAAAGUGCCUUCAUUGUUCUCUCUGAUGUCUAUCAAGGACCAUUCACAGAAUCCAUUUGUUCUAGUGAAAGUCAUUGCCCCACCACCACCACCACAUGCACACAACAAUACAUAUGUUCAGCUGCUCUUUGUGGCAAAAUAGACAGGCAAAUUUCCCUAGUUGCCUAUGCAGACCAGUGUGCAGAGCUGCAUUUGAGAAAAGGGGAGUAUAUGUGGUUUUCAGCCAUCACUACAGGAGUAGCAUUUAUUAAUUUCUAGAGUUUAUCCUAAAUCUAUAACAAUAUAUUUGGCAGAUGAUUUUAUGCCCCUCACAAGUGGGGCACACACAAGAACAGUGGGUUGGCUUUUAUGACUUCUCAGAGUAGACUGGCUUGAGAUCAGGGCCACCAGCCCCAAGCCAUUGCUUUCUUUUGGAUCACAGAACCUAGGGGAGGGGUGGCAGAUGCAGCCUUCCAGGCCUCUUUCACCGCCCCAUUACUGUUCCACACACUCCUAGUUCUUUGGCUAGGCUGAAUUGCAUCUUUUCUUCCUUGUCUGGAUGGAGGAAUGAGCCCAGCCCUGGGUCCCUGGCUGUGGCUGUCCCCCCACCCCUCAGGUGAGAAAUGGCCAGGCUCAGGAGGAAGGAGAUUCUUCUGCCCUGGAGCCUUCUGUCAUUUGGUCUCAAGCCCUUUGACUUCAUCUACAAAGCUUUCAUUCCCUUGUCCAUUGCUACAUAAGAGUCCAAAAGCAAUUUUCUACCAUAUCCCAAAAUUAUCUCCUUCCAUAGAAAGUUGAGAAAGAGAAGAAUUCCACUCACCAGAAGAACCCCCUCCCAGUGUUUUCCUGUGGUGUGGGAAGGACCACAUAAUGUAAACCUGUUUGCUUCUCGGUUUUUCCCCCCCUCCUAAGGCACGCAAACGCAUGACGACGGACAUGCAACUUAUAAUCGCCAUAGGGAGUCUCAUGCCAGCAACGAUCCAUUUUGCUAAAGUGCGCCAGAAAAAUUAUUUCCUUGGGAACACCUGGAGUGAUUGGAGCAUCCCGAUAACUUGGAAAACAGAUGGGUGGAUCGGGUAGGGCACCUGUUUAUUAUUAGCAAUGUGUUGGCAUCCCUGUGUGUUCUGGGCUCCACAUUGUGGGCUCUCUCUUUUCUGGAUUCUGUAAACCUUCUGGAUUUGUGAAAUACUCCCACCCCACCCGCAGGAACGUUUGUGCGCCAUCCGGCCCCUUUGAGUGACCGGCAGCAUUUCUCUCACAUUGCUGGGGUCUUGCAUUUCUAGUCAGCUAGACAUCAAAUUAAUAUGCAGGCCUCUCACUUAAUUCAGUGCAAUUCUCUGCUGUAGACAAUACCUCUUUCUGAAGUCACCCCAAUGAUUUUUAUUGUUUCUCAUUUAAAUAAAGACAAGA